ACAGUUUCCCUUCCGCUCACGUCUGCCUGAGCAGUAGAGGCAGUGGCUGGCGCUGGCUGGGCUGCUCCCGGCAUGCAGGUCCCACGGGCGCCCUGGCCGGUCAUCUGGGCGGUGCUACAGCUGGGCUGGCGGCAAGGAUGGUUCUUAGACUCCCAGGACAGGCCCUGGAACCCCCCCGCCUUCUCCCCAGCCCUGCUCACGGUGGCCGAGGGGGACAACGCCACCUUCACCUGCAGCUUCUCCAACACGUCGGGCAGCUUCGUGCUGAACUGGUACCGCAUGAGCCCCAGCAACCAGACGGACAAGCUGGCCGCCUUCCCCGAAGACCGCAGCCAGCCCGGCCACGACCGCCGCUUCCGAGUCACGCAACUGCCCAACGGGCGAGACUUCCGUAUGAGCGUGAUCGGGGCCCGGCGUGAUGACAGCGGCACCUACCUCUGCGGCGCCAUCUCCCUGGCCCCCACGGCGCAGAUCAAAGAGAGCCCAAGAGCAGAGCUCAGGGUGACAGAGAGAAACCCAGAUGUGCCCACAGCCCACCCCAGCCCCUCACCCAGGCCAGCCGGCCAGUUCCAAGGCCUGAUGGUCGGCAUCGUGGUGGGCCUGCUGGCCAGCCUGGUGCUGCUGGCCUGGGUCCUGGUCGCCAUCUGCCCCCGGGCUGCACAAGGAGCCAUGGGAGUCCAGCGCACCGACCAGCCCCUGAAGGAGGACCCCUCAGCCGUGCCCGUGUUCUCCGUGGACUAUGGGGAACUGGACUUCCAGUGGCGAGAGAAGACCUCGGAGCCCCCCGCGCCCUGUGUCCCUGAGCAGACGGAGUACGCCACCAUCGUGUUCUCCAGUGGACUGGGCGCCUCGUCCUCGGCCCGCAGGGGCUCAGCCGAAGACCCUCGGAGUCCCCGGCCGCUGAGGCCAGAGGACGGACACUGCUCUUGGCCCCUCUGACGGGCUUCCUUGGCCACCAACAUCCUGCAGACCCUCCACCGCGGGCCUAGGCUCAGCUCCUUCCCUCAGGAGGCACAGGCAGCGUGCAGGGCGGUGCAGGCCACCCAGGGGCUGAGCUGCCUGGGGGUGACGGGGGUGCUGUCCUGCACCUCCGCCAGCCCUGCCAGGCACAGCCCCACUGCAGGACUCAUGUCUGGAUGCCCACAGUGAGCCCAGGCAGCCGCUGUCACCGUCCCCCACAGGGAGGGCCGGAUGCCUGGACAGGGCUGCCUGUGUCCGGCUCCCUGAACCUCACUGCUGCUGCUGCUGCCGCCGCCGCGGCCUGGGGUUCAAGACGCCGUGGCCCUGCCUGCCGCCCCCGGAGCCCCUUGCCUGAACUUGGGGGCCUGGUUGAAGACUGCCUUGGACCAGCCAAGGUGUCCCUGGUGGGGGCAUCCCAAGACGCCCUGGACACAGGGCCCAAGACUGGGCACAGGGUGGAAGGUGUGUGGGGCUGGGGACUCCCUGGGAGCCAGCUGCUCUCCCAGGUCUAGAGAAGUUUCAUGGAAAGCUCCAAGAGCUCCUGGCUGUGAUGGGGGGGCAGGAACCCCCUCCACCUUACACGUGCCCAGGCAGCGCCUCAGGCCUUUUGUGGGGCAGGGAAACUGAGGCAGUAAGAGGCCAGGCAGAACUGGAAGCCAUUUAGGCCCAGCCAGCGCUCUGGCGCCCCCGCCACACCAUCCCAGCCCCUCUUACCACUCAGGUAAGGGACACCCUAGGCUACCUUGGUCGGGGGCAGGGCUGGGGCUGACUAGCCCUUCCUAGCUGUGGCAACCUCUGUGGUUUGGGGGAACUGGUGCAGGCACCCAGGGCCCCCCAUUCACCCACACUGGGGGUUCUCCUUGGCACCCAGCGCCCCUCAUUUGCCCACACUGGGGGUUAGCUUAAGCACCCAUUCACACGACUAUUUAAAGGCGUUUGGCCGGGCUCCCACCAGGGCCUGGGGGGGAAGGUACAGGCGACCCCCUGGGCCGAGCACCGCGCUGUGGCCUGGCCACCCCUCCCAUCCACACACUGCACCCCACUCCUGGGGCAGGGCCACCAGCAUCCAGGAGGCCAGUGGGCA